GGCCCGGGCUCCCUGCGGCCCUCUCCCUAUGUGAGGCGCGGCGGGACGAUCCUCGUGCCGGAGGAAGAGGAGGACCCACGGACGCGGGGCCGGAAGACAGCUGGCAGCAGGCCCAGGAGAACCGGCUCCCGCGUUCAUGUUCCGCCAGGAGCAGCCGCUGGCCGAGGGCAGCUUUGCGCCCAUGGGCUCCCUGCAGCCGGACGCCGGCAACACCAGCUGGAAUGGGACGGAGGCGCCCGGGGGCGGCACCCGGGCCACCCCUUACUCCCUGCAGGUGACACUGACCCUGGUGUGCUUGGCUGGCCUGCUCAUGCUGUUCACAGUGUUUGGCAACGUACUGGUUAUUAUUGCGGUGUUCACCAGUCGUGCGCUCAAAGCGCCCCAAAACCUCUUUCUGGUGUCCCUGGCCUCAGCAGACAUCCUGGUGGCCACUCUGGUCAUUCCGUUUUCUUUGGCCAACGAGGUUAUGGGCUACUGGUACUUUGGUAAGGUGUGGUGCGAGAUCUACUUGGCGCUCGACGUGCUCUUCUGCACGUCGUCCAUAGUGCACCUGUGCGCUAUCAGCCUGGACCGCUACUGGUCCAUCACGCAGGCCAUCGAGUACAACCUGAAGCGCACGCCGCGCCGCAUCAAGGCCAUCAUCGUCACCGUGUGGGUCAUCUCGGCCGUCAUCUCCUUCCCGCCACUGAUCUCCAUAGAGAAGAAGGGCGCUGGCGGCGGGCAGCAGCCGGCCGAGCCGAGCUGCAAGAUCAACGACCAGAAGUGGUAUGUCAUCUCGUCGUCCAUCGGUUCCUUCUUCGCGCCUUGCCUCAUCAUGAUCCUGGUCUAUGUGCGCAUCUACCAGAUCGCCAAGCGUCGCACCCGCGUGCCGCCUAGCCGCCGGGGUCCGGAUGCCUGUUCCGCGCCGCCUGGGGGCGCCGAUCGCAGGCCCAACGGCCUGGGCCCGGAACGCGGCGCGGGCACCGGGGGCACUGAGGCCGAGCCUCUCCCCACCCAGCUUAACGGCGCCCCGGGGGAGCCCGCGCCGGCUGGGCCGCGCGAUGGGAAUGCGCUGGACCUAGAGGAGAGUUCGUCGUCCGAGCACGCCGAGCGGCCCCCGGGGCCCCGUAGACCCGAGCGCGGUCCCCGGGCCAAGGGCAAGACCCGGGCGAGCCAGGUGAAACCCGGGGACAGUCUGCCGCGGCGCGGGCCGGGGGCUGCGGGGCCCGGGGCUGCGGGGUCGGGGCCCGGAGAGGAGCGCGGUGGGGGCGCCAAAGCGUCACGCUGGCGCGGGCGGCAGAACCGCGAGAAGCGCUUCACGUUCGUGCUGGCCGUGGUCAUCGGCGUGUUCGUGGUGUGUUGGUUCCCGUUCUUUUUCACCUACACACUCAUAGCGGUCGGCUGCCCCGUGCCAUACCAGCUCUUCAACUUCUUCUUCUGGUUCGGCUACUGCAACAGCUCGCUGAACCCGGUCAUCUACACCAUCUUCAACCACGACUUCCGCCGCGCCUUCAAGAAGAUCCUCUGCCGCGGGGACAGAAAGCGCAUCGUGUGA